AUGGCAGUGAGUUUUGUGGCGGGGGAGGUAUCAGACCUCUGUAUCGGGAAGCCGGCGCUGGGGUGGGUGCCGCCGUCGGCGACAGUGCGGGAGGCGCUGCUGUUCCUGAAGAGAUGCGGUGAGAACCAUCUGACGGUGUGGAGGGAGAGGUACACGGCGACUGCAACGCCGGCCGACGGUGCCGCCGGGGCCGCCAGCAGGUGUCUCGGCAAGGUCUGCGUCGUGGACAUUAUCUGCUACCUCUGCGCUGAAGAGAAUCUGACGGCUCCUUCCGCCGCCCUUGAGUCGCCUGUUUCCGUCCUCCUCCGGAAGGACUCCGGGGCCCUGAUUAGGAACGUGGAGCGCCAUUGCAGGUUGGCGUUUGCGCUUGUUGUCGUUAGGUUUCGUCUAUUUUGAUCUGUUCUCUUCGAGUUGAAAUAAUAUUGAUCCAUCUGAAACAUCAUCACCACCAUCAUCAUCAUCUUCUUCUCCUCCUACUAGCUAUUUCCAGCAUUUGUCUUUAUCACGACGGCGUAUUUUCCCCUCUAAUUCCAUGCUUCACGACAUUCCUCUGCAAGUGUUUUUUCCCCUUCUCAUCUGACGACAUCUUCCGCAUUUCACCGGAUUAUUUGGAAUCGAUUCAGUUGUCUCGCAGAGCCUGUCGUCCUCAUCUUUGUAUGAUUGUUCUAUCGAAGUUUACAGUGGAUUCUAGAUUCCCUUGCUGUUCUUCGUUGCUCUUCUCUUAGCCUCUCGGGCGCAUUUCUGGCAUUUUUUUUUCUUUGGGAGAUCUCUUACGCCAUUAUUCGAAAAUGGCAUGGCAUUCUGAUAAUAACAUCCUCUCACGGAUCUCUGCAGCGUGUUGGAAGCGCUGGAUGUGAUCUUGGGCGGGGCGCAGAACCUGAUGGUCCCCCUGCGAGGCCCCGGUGCCGGCCGGAGCAAGGUACAGAAGAACGCUCUUGGCUUCUGCUGGAUCACGCAGGAGGACUUCGUCAGAUUCUUCCUCAACUCCAUCGGCGCCUUCUCCCCAAUCCCUGCCUUCUCCAUCGAGUCGCUGGGGAUCAUCCAAUCCGACGUCCUGGUCGUCGAAUACCACAAACCGGCGCUCUCCGCGAUGCCGCUGAUCAAGCAGGCCCUGGCCUCCCAGACGGCUGUGGCCGUCGUCACCGACGACGGCAAGCUCAUCGGCGAGAUCUCGCCGACAACCCUCGCCAACUGCGACGAGACCGUAGCGACGGCGAUCGCCACGCUCUCGGCAGGCGAUCUAAUGGCUUACAUUGACUCCGGCGGCCCCGCCGGGCCCCCGGAGGAGGCCAUCAGGGCCGUGAAGGCGAGGCUGGCGGAGAGAGGCAUGGUGGGGAUGCUGGAGCUGAUGGAAGAGGUGCCCACAUCUGACGCCUCCUCCUCCUCGUCCUCAGACGAGGAGUCGCCUCCUCCGGCCAGAUACGGCAGAUCAGGGAGCUACUCGGCGCGGAUGGGAAGGCGAUCGGAGGACGCCAUCGUGUGCCACCCCUGGAGCUCCCUGGUGGCGGUGAUGAUCCAGGCUCUCGCUCACCGCGUGACCUACGUCUGGGUGGUGGGAGAAGACUACCAGCUCGCCGGCGUUGUGACCUUCGCCGGCAUCCUGACCGUCUUCCGCGACGAGCUGCAGCCCUCAGAGCAGCGGCAGUAA